UUUCUUUCUCCCAGAGGAAGUGAGGUACGAAAUCCAAUUUUCUGUUCUUGUUUUCUCCUACUUAUAAAUUUUAUUUUUUACGCUCAAAAUUGUCCAAGAAAUCCCGGAAACGGCAGGAAAAUGAAAGAAAUUGAAAGUUCCGAUCCGUAAACAAACUCGCUGUUUAAUUGACCGUGUCUAUGGUUCCAGUGGUUCAUUUUCUUCUAUUUUCUCGAAUAUUGUCAGCAACCAAACGAAGCGUAAGCAAGAGAAUUCAAUUCAAUUGAGCAGUUGCUUGUGCUGCUUUUGCGGAGAUCAGCUGUUUAGCAAAAUGAAGGGCCGAGUUAGAUGGGAUGAGGCUAAUCUGGGAGAAAUCGAAGCAAAUAAACCUGUAAGGCAGAAAAUUACUGAGCCAAAGACGCCAUACCACCCUAUGAUGACCGAUGAUGAGGAUGGAUCUCUGUCUCCUAUACGGGGUAGCUUCAAUGAUUGUGUUGGUGAUGCAGUUCAUGCAGAAGCAAUACGAACUGCUUUGACCGAUGUGGCAUCAUCAAGUAGAAAGAACACCCCAAGAUCUACUGGCUGGACAUCAUCUGAGGAUGAGGCAGAUGCUAUGGAACAAGAUGAUGAAGAUUCUGAGACAGAUAAAAAUGGUAGGAGUUUUAGGGAGCACAGAAGAGCUCAUUAUGAUGAAUUCCAGAAAGUAAAAGAACUCAGGCGGAAAGGCUCCUUUCUCGACGAUGAAGAUGAGGACGAGGAUGUUGAGAUGGAUAAGGAGAAGAGAUCCGGUUCCUCGUUAACUGCUGGUGUGAAGGAAAUAGAUAUCGAGAAAGAUGGUACUGCCUCUUCGACUAAAAAAUCUUCCGGACCUCCAGCUAAUGGAGCUUAGAUCAAAGCCAAGCUAAGACUUCCAUUGAUGAUUUCACUGACAUUGGAUUACAGUUUUUUGGUGGUUGAUACAGAAUGCUCAUAUAACUGCUAUUUGUAUCUUUCAAUAUGCUUUUUGUUUGUAAAUAGUUCACUUUAUUUCCCCUUCACUGUAACGUCGUUACGCAAACCAUUUUAUAUGCCCUUCCAUAAACAAUUUUUUCUGUUAGUUGGAGUUUA